UUGCUAGCUCAGAAAAGCUCUGAUCCCACAAGGGCAGAAUUGCUGCUGCUGUAGCCAGAGCUGCUGCUGCUGCUGUUCUUGCUGCUUAGAAUACUUACUGGCAGGAUCAUCAUGACAGAGCCAAGCAACAGAAAAGAAGGAUUUAAAAAAUGCCGGAGUGCCACUUUCAGCAUUGAUGGCUAUAGCUUCACAAUUGUUGCAAAUGAGACGGGGGACAAGAAUGCCCGGCCACUUUCAAGAUUUGCCCGGUCAAAAUCUCAGAAUUGCCUGUGGAACACUAUUAUUGGUGGGCUUACAGGGAAUCUUAAGGAAAAACAGAAACCAACCAUCAUCUUUGACCCAAGGCCGCCUGAAGAAAUCUUAGCGGAUGAGCUGCCCCCAGUGGAGAGCCCUGAAGCACUUGUGAAAACCUCAUUCAGGUUGCGAUCUUUGAUAAAGCAGCUAGAGAGAGGAGAGGCUUCUGUUGUUGACUUAAAAAAGAACUUGGAAUAUGCAGCUACUGUACUUGAAUCUGUGUACAUUGAUGAAACCAGGCGCCUGUUGGAUACAGAAGAUGAACUCAGUGAUAUCCAGUCAGAUUCCGUGCCCUCAGAGGUACGGGAUUGGCUGGCUUCUACUUUCACACGGCAAAUGGGGAUGAUGCUCAGAAGGACAGAGGAAAAGCCAAGAUUCAGAAGCAUUGUCCAUGCAGUUCAAGCUGGGAUAUUUGUGGAGAGAAUGUACAGGCGAACAUCCAAUAUGGUUGGACUUAGCUACCCGCCAGCUGUAAUUGGAGUGUUAAAGAAUGUAGACAAGUGGUCCUUUGACGUAUUUGCACUAAAUGAUGCUAGUGGGGAUCAUGCACUGAAAUUCAUUUUCUACGAAUUGCUCACACGCUACGAUUUGAUCAGCCGCUUCAAGAUUCCAAUAUCUGCUCUCGUCUCCUUUGUGGAAGCCCUGGAAGUUGGCUACAGCAAGCAUAAAAAUCCAUAUCACAACCUAAUGCAUGCAGCAGAUGUCACACAGACUGUUCAUUACCUCCUUUUUAAGACGGGUGUAGCACACUGGUUGACAGAGCUGGAAAUCUUUGCUAUGAUCUUUGCAGCUGCCAUCCAUGAUUAUGAGCACACUGGUACCACCAACAACUUCCAUAUUCAAACACGGUCAGAUACAGCCAUUCUUUACAAUGAUCGGUCUGUGCUUGAAAAUCAUCACCUCAGUGCAGCGUUUCGCCUUCUUCAAGAUGAUGAGGAGAUGAACAUUCUAUCUAACUUCUCAAAGGAUGAUUGGAGGGAAUUCAGGGCUCUGGUGGUUGAGAUGGUGUUGGCUACAGAUAUGUCUUGUCACUUCCAGCAAAUCAAAGCCAUGAAGAAUGCAUUGCAGCAGCCAGAAGGAAUUGACAAACCGAAAGCCUUAUCACUGAUGUUGCAUACAGCUGACAUCAGUCAUCCCGCCAAGGCAUGGGACCUCCAUCAUCGCUGGACCAUGUCAUUGCUAGAGGAGUUUUUCAGACAGGGUGACAAAGAAGCAGAACUAGGGCUUCCUUUUUCCCCUUUGUGUGAUCGUAAAUCCACCAUGGUUCCUCAGUCUCAAGUAGGUUUUAUUGAUUUCAUUGUGGAGCCCACUUUCACUGUGCUGACUGACAUGACAGAGAAGAUUGUAACACCUCUCAUUGAGGAAGCCUCCCGCUCUGGCAUGACAGGGUAUAGGCGUUCCAGUCUGAAUAGCAUUAGCCCCUCAGAAGUUAAAAGAUCAAGUGUCAAGAGCACUGGAUCAGAAGGAAGUGCCUCACUCAACUGUUCCAUACUCACUGUGGACUUCAAAUGUUUUAAAGCCACCUGGACUGAGGUGGUGCAACAAAACCGAGAGAAGUGGAAAGUACAAGCAACCAAAGAAGAAAAAGCAAAGAAAGAAGCAGAGGAUAAUUCUCAUCAAGGAACAGAUGACAAGAAAACAGAAGAAAAUGAAGGGAAAAAGGCACCUGAGGAAACCACUGCCACCAAGUCAGAGAGUACUAAAGAAGGGAAUUCAGGAGAGAGUAAGAGCACAGAAGCCAGUAAGAGUAAUGUGAAUGGGACUCGCCAAACUGGUGGUAGCAAACACGAAGCAUCUCAAGGAAAAACUGUAACCCGAGUGGAAAAGGAGACAGAGUCCAAUCCAAAAGCAGGAGAACAGAAACGACUUGUACAGAAUGGUGAAUUAAAGGAUGAUAAUAAGAAGUCAGACAAGAAAGAUCAGGGAAAUGAAUUAAAGAAACCAGAGGAUUCAGAAGAGUAAAAAAAAAAAUCAAAAUGACAGAUAUUGUAAUCAAAAAGAGACUGCAAAUUUCUUUCAUCAUGUUAGCUGAUCUUCAUUAUUCUUCUCCUCCUCCUCCUCCUUCCACAAAGACCAGUUUCUGGGGAGGGUGUUAUGCAGCUUUUCAAGCCACUGCUUUUUCCCCUCCUCUUAUGGGCUGCUACAUCACAGUUAAGGACUCUGCUGGGGACUUUCACUUUGGGAUUUUUUGUGGGUUUUUUUCCAUUUAACUGAAGGGUUUUUGGUUUUAUUUUUUAAAUGAAGCUUCCCUUUAGCAAAAUGACUCUUUCUUCAGGACUUGCAGAUCAAGCAAAUGUGAGACCUUUGAGUCCCUGCUUGUGAAAAAGAUUCUGACAUGGUAAAGCAGAGAAUUUGACACAUCUGUGGAAAGAGGCUUGAAAAACCUGGUUGUUUCCAUGGGUUAUUUUAAUGCACAACAAGAAAAGAAGAAGAAGUGUUUAAUUGUCUAUUUGAAGCCAUGAUUUAGAGCAUUGGGUUUCUGAGGAUAUUUUUUUUUUAACAAAAAGAAAUCUGGCUAUUUUACAGAUAAGCAAAUUGCUGAAUUCCUAGAGAGCUUUAUAGUAUUUUUCAAGAAACAAAGCAAAACAAAUA